UUUAUUUUUAUCGAAUAAUCUAAUAUAUUAAUUAAUAAAUAUGUUUUUAUAUACAUAAUACGACAGUAUUUAUUUAUUAUAAAAUAAGUUAAAUUUCAACGAUGUUUCUAUUAAUCGUUUGAUCGAUUGUUCAUCUUGGAGAGGUUAGAUUACAAAUAAUAAUAAGAAGAAGAAUAAAAAAACAUGCGUUUUCUGAAUAAUAUUUUAACAACAAGAUGUGUACACACUUGUACACCAUUAUUACGAGAAAAGCCGACUAAUUUGAAAGGCAAGAAACAUAGUUCACAAUUAUGGUUGGAAAGACAGUUACGUGAUCCUUAUGUUGAGAAGGCUAAACAAGAGAACUACAGAUGUAGGAGUGCUUUUAAAUUAAUAGAAAUCAACGAAAGGAAAAAGAUAUUUAAUUUUGGAGAUACCGUUAUAGAUUGUGGUGCUUCUCCUGGUAGCUGGACACAGGUUGCUGUUAAUUUAACCAAUGCCAAUGGUAAAAAGGAUGGUCCAGUUGGUAAAGUUAUUGGAAUAGAUAAACUUCCAAUAUUUCCUGUAGAAGGUGCAACUGUUAUCGGACAGAUGGAUUUUACUAUGGCAGAGGCGCACAAAAAGUUGCAUGAAUUGUUAAACCAAACUAAAGCCAAUGUUGUUUUAUCUGAUAUGGCUCCUAAUGCUACCGGUGUACGAGAACUGGAUCAUGACAAUAUAAUGAAAUUGGCAUAUUGUGCUUUGAAAUUUGCUCUCCAAGUUUUAUGUAAAGAUGGUGUGUUUGUUACUAAAGUUUGGGAUGGAUCUAAGACGAUACAAUUAUGUAAUGAUUUAAGCAAAUUUUAUACAAGCAUUAAAAUAUUUAGACCUAUUGCAACGCGCAAUGAUUCCACUGAGACAUAUCUAAUCGCAAAAGGUUUCAAAGGAUUGAAAGUAUCUUCUCCUGUAGUUUAAAUAAAACAGGCGGGCUAAGGAAAUGAUAGAACAACAAUGAUUCUUUCUUCGAAUAAUAUCGUCUUAUCUUUAUAUGCAAUUGUUUCUACGCAUCAAUGCAAUUGAUGUAUUUAAACAAAUACAUUUAGUUUACAGUAAACGAUUGAUAGAAUAUGUAAUAUACAUUGUUAUAUUUAGCCAUAAAUAAUACAAUAAUUGUUCAAGUACAAUUACAAUUAAUACACAUUAUGACAGUGUUUUAUUUUGUUCAUUCGUUAUUAAUACCAUUAUAUGUAUAUAUACACAAUUUUCUUAAUUAAUUUAAUAUUUACAUAAAUUGGCAUAUAAUAGAUGAAAAACAUUACACACCACAUUUAAACGUACAUAGAGCAAAAAUAUCAUCGACCUCAUUGCGUCGAGUGUCAGAAUUGUUUUAUCGUACGUUUUCUAUCGCACGUAAACGAGAGACAUAGCCAUAUACGUUGAACAUUAUUUAAAAGUAAUAGUCUAGAAUUAAUUUAUCUGCUGGUACUCCUACUGUAUCUUUCGUAUAGGACUAACUGUGUCAUUUUGUGUAGGUAUGUGUUUGCUAUUUUCUUAUUUAUUGUAAAAAAACAUUGUACGUGUAUCGUGUAACGCUAAUGAAUAGUAAUUAAUACCGACGUACUGGUACAAAGGCGUAACAACGUUGAAGAUUGUCAGUUUUAAUGACCAUUCCGAGUCGAUAUUUGUAAAUACUAUUUAAGAAGGACCGUUGUUGAGUAUCUUUAACAUCGAUAACAUUCAAAAGACAUUGACAUUACAUACGUUAUUUAAAUCUGUACAAUUUUUUUUCUCUUGUAAAAUCCAUCUCUUCAUAUCGCGCGCGCGUGUAUGUAAAGUUGUAGUACAAAACGAUGAUAUUAUUACAAAUACGGUUUAAUUAGACGCAAUUAUAAUUGUGUAAUAGGUAAUAGUAUCGUUUUAUUGUUUAAUAGCGUGAGAGUAUGCGUUAAUGUGCGUGCCUAUUUCAUACAACUGCGGAGCCC